UAUGACUCCAGCCACAACUGCACCAACUGAAACUGCAGUUCCAACCACAAUUCAAACUCCGGCCCCAGCAGUUUCUGAAACUACAACUAUGACUCCAGCCACAACUGCACCAAGUAAAACUGCUGUCCCAACCACAACUGAAACCCCCGCCCCAACAGCUGCUGAAACAACAACUAUGACUCCAGCCACAACUGGAGGAACUAAAACUGUGGUUCCAACCAAAAUAGCAACAAAAACCACAACUGUUGCUGAAACAACAACUAUGGCUCCAGCCACAACUGUUCCUCCAAAUGCUGUUACAACUACAUCAGUUACCCAAACUACAAGAGAAGCUGCAAGCACUACAAAUAUUCCAACAACAGCAAGUAAUGCAGUACCAAAAGCAACUGAAACGUCAACAGCAGCAGCUGUUCAAACAUCUUCAAGAUCAGCAACCACAACGGUUGCAACAGCUCCUCAAACUACAACUAAAUUGUCAAGCAGCACAGUUCUUCCAGCGUCUACGAGUCAUGUCCAAACAACUACAACUGAAACCCCCUCCUCAACCAUUGCUGAAACUACAACUAUGACUCCAGCCACAACUGCACCAACUGAAACUGCAGUUCCAACCACAAUUCAAACUCUGGCCCCAGCAGUUUCUGAAACUACAACUAUGACUCCAGCCACAACUGCACCAAGUAAAACUGCAGUUCCAACCACAACUGAAAUCCCCGCCCCAACAGCUGCUGAAACAACAACUAUGACUCCAGCCACAACUGGAGGAACUAAAACUGUGGUUCCAACCAAAAUAGCAACAAAAACCACAACUGUUGCUGAAACAACAUCUAUGGCUCCAUCCACAACUGUUCCUCCAAAUGCUGUUACAACUACAUCAGUUACCCAAACUACUAGAGAAGCUGUGAGCACCGCAAAUAUGCCAACAACAGUAAGUAAUGCACCACCAAAAGUUUCUGAAACUCCAACAGCAGCAGCUGUUCAAACAUCUUCAAUAUCAGCAACCACAACGGUUGCAUCAGCUGCUCUAACUACAACUAAAUUGUCAAGCAGCACAACUCUUCCAGUGUCUACAAGUCAUGUCCAAACAACUACAACUGAAACCCCCGCCCCAACCAUUGCUGAAACUACAACUAUGACUCCAGCCACCACUGCACCAACUGAAACUGCAGUUCCAAGCACAAUUGAAACUCUGGCCCCAACACACAAUUGA